CGGGACAGCCGCUGCCGCCGCGCCCGGCCCUCCGCGGGCGCCGCUCAUCCUUCCCUUCCCUGAUGGGCCCGGACUAAGGCGACGGAGUGGGAUGAAGGGGGGAUCCCGAGCGGGAGUUGGAUGCACACUGCUACAGGAGACCUUUCCUCGGAGCUGCUGCUGCUGCUGCUAAGUCUCAGAUCCCGACUGUGAACAGGUAUAUUGCAGAGCUGUUAAUCUAUUUACCCCCCGCGAAAGUGGCCAAAGUCUUUAAUAAGAGUUACUCUAUAUGUGGAAGCAAAGAAAUCUUCCUUCAAGUGGAGCUGCAGUUUUGCUGAAUAAUCACGUGUGAGUUAGGGGCGGGGUCUUGGCAAGGAGGUUUUUUACUAGUAUUUACUACAAGGUCUACUCCAGAAGAUUAACCAUCCCAAUCCUUCUGUCAGUCUCCGAUGCCAUGCCUGGUUAAAAAAAAAAAAAAAAUUUCAUCUUUUUUCCGAUCGUCAGUCACCCUAAAGAAUGGCCGAGCCUUCUGGGAACGAGCUGGCGUCCGCGGCUGCCAAGGGGGACCUAGUGCAACUUACUAAUUUGUUGCAAAAGAAUGUAAACGUCAAUGCACAAAAUGGAUUUGGGAGGACUGCGCUGCAGGUGAUGAAACUCGGGAACCCCGAAAUCGCCCGGCGGCUGCUCAGUAAGGGGGCGAACCCCAACCUGAAAGACAGUACUGGCUUCGCUAUCAUCCACGACGUAGCCAGGGAGGGGUUUCUGGACACUUUGCAGACUCUGCUGGAGUUCAAAGCCGAUGUUAACAUUGAGGAUAACGAGGGCAACCUGCCCUUGCACUUGGCGGCCCAGGAGGGGCACGUGCGGGUGGUGGAGCUGCUGCUGGCGCGCUCCGAGUGCAAGGUGGGCCACCAGAACAAGAGGGGGGCCACCGCCUACGACCUGGCCAAGCUGUACCGGAGAGCAGCCGUGGUGGAGCUCCUGGAGGCCAGCAGCUCCUUCCCUGCCAACAUGGACUGAACCCCGCUAGGAUGGGGUCUCCUUUGGACGUGAGAGCGUGCCGACUUCUUGGGGUGUUUGCCUCCUUUUUUGUUGCCACAUUACUCCUAUUUUAUUUUUUUUCUCUGAACAGCUGGUAGUAUAAGUCUCAAGAAAUUCCAGAAGUGGGUUUAUAGAUAACAGAACCGUUUUAAGUCCAUGCUCCCAGCAGUUUCUUACACCUUUCACUUUACUCAGUACUCACAGACUCAUUCGUGUGUAUGUUGGUUGUUCAUAUCUAGUUUUCCAGUAUCAAGUUUUGCAAUUUAUUUUAGGUCAUUCUUAUGAAGUCAUUAAUCCAAGAGCUACUAUUCACAUGCUUAACGUUGCUGGACUUUUGAGAAGAGUAAAUAGUUUACUGUGAUUUCUCCCACCUCUCAAUGCACCCCUCCCUUCUCUUCCCCACCCCCCUUCGGUCAGGCUCAAGAAUCUGAAGUCUUGCUUUGGAUUAAAACAUCCUUUUAAGGGAUCACCUGCAACCCCCGCACAGGCAGAGCUGGAAAUGAAAGGUUGCUUGGCCCGAGGACAAUGGAUGGCAUUUAGAUGCUUUAGGCAAUAACUGUAUUUUGUCACUAACAAGAGCUUGUAGAAGUAGGUCACUUACUUUCUAAAUGUAGAUGACACUUUUCCUCUUUGUGUAUUUAAACUUUCGCCAAUCUGGUUUUGAAUUUAGUUAUCAGAAACAGUAUAAGUGGUGUUUCUGUGAUUGCUAGAGGUUUUAAACAGCUCAGUUUAGUAGUUCAUGUUUACUGUGCACUGCACAAGAUGUUUUUUUCUAGUUUCAAAAUAGGCAGCAGAGAAACAUUGUCAGAGGCAAGAAGACAUGAGGGCUGCAAUACAAGAUUUCUGGUCACUUCAUGUGCUGAGUGCAGUUUACAUGUUCUUUCAGUAAUAUUUGCUUUCCACUAGCUACUCUGUUUCGUCUGUAAAUAAACUAUUUUAAUGACAGAUGCAUCUCACAAAACAAGAAUACUUGCAUACAGUGACAUUUAGGAAGCAGCACGUUUGAUGUUUGUGAAGUUAAGUUAUUGCUUGCACCUAAAACAUGAUUUAACCAUUGAAAAUUUUCCAUUGCAAUACAGUUGAGAGUAUUCACCACACUGAAACUCAUUUGCCUCUCCAGCCUCAACAUAUUGGGAAGUCUAUUAUGAAACUUUUAACAUUUGUACAGGAUCUACUUGUUGGACACAUGGGCAGUUUAAAGUACUUUAUUUUGAAUAGUCUAAAACUUAAUUGCACAAAAUAGAAGGUUUUUAAUCAAUACAAAAUGAAUACUACUUUAAAUAGCACUUCAAAGAGCAGAGGGAGUACCUUAGUUUAGUUUUCAACUUAAAAAAAUUAGCCCCACGAAAUCAGUUACUAUAUUUCCAAGUAAAAAGUAAUUUGCUGAAACUGUCUGUCACAUUUAUUAUAAGCUCUGUUACACUGCUGUGUUUUCUGAUUAAAAACCUCUGUGAAAUAUGAA